GUGAUGUUUAGGUUAGUUUUUUCGAUGCUGAUUCAUCCAGUUGUGAUUUGAAAAAUCAGAAUCGCUCUGCCAAUCUUUCUCUGAAGAAGCCAAAAAAUCUGAGGAUUGUUCUGCAGCAAAACCAUGGCAGGAUGGAUGUGCAUCGCGGUUGUAUCUGCUGUCCUACAUUGACAAUCACCCAACCUGAUAUUGAAUGAGUGGAGACUGUCGGAUCAGCUGUGAUCCAAAAGUAUUGGGAAUGCCUUCAUCCGCGGACUUAGUCCAAUUGGCUUCCAGCCUGAGAGAAGAGCACAUCUUCGUCAAGGCAGAAACGCAGCAGCUGUCUCGUUUAAAUCGACAGCUAGCGGAGAGCACGGAAGCACUGUACCACGAAGCAUGGAUUGCUCGAAGGCAGCGACGUGCCCUGGAGAUUCUGUUGCAGCAACGGCAAGAUCUUCCUGCUGAUGGUUGUCUGCGCUAUCUUAAUGCAGCAGCCAGUACUGUUCUUGUGGAUGGCUACAAAGUAUUAGGCUACAAGGAGGCUUCGUACGGAGAAUGUUUGAAAGUUGUACGCCAAAAUCCAGAAUUAUUAGCGGAGUGUUUAGUGCGAUGCGAAAAAUUGGACCAUGAAAAAGUUCAAGAAGCGCUGAGAAUUAUUCUGGGCAGCUUAUACGGUUACGGGCUGAUACCAGAAGACCAAGAAUAUUCGCUCAAAUUAUUGAAAUCCCUGAUCGAAAUCCAGUUGGAUGCCAACAGUAAUCCCCGUCGGUUGUUGAAAAAUUCUUCCUUCACUUAUUGCUACAAAAUUUUCGUGGAAAAUCUCCACGAAGCAAAAUUAUAUUUAGCUGCCGCGCUCCAUCAGCCAAUUUUACAAGUUCUUGCCGAAGACGAUCACUUUCUUGAUUUUGAUGCUGGAAAGUUAUCGUAUCGAAUACCAGCGGAGGAGAAAAGGAGGAAAUUCGGGAAAGAAGGGACGCCGCGAUUUGAACAGAAUUUCAAGAAUUAUCGAGCUGUGAUGAUCCAGAGAUUGGUGCGACUGGUUAAGCGAUUCAUACAAGGGCUACAAACCAGUUUGUUUUGUUUUCCUCCGAGCCUAUGCUGGAUCAUCAGCCAGGUGUACGAGCGGAUACAGAGCCAGCAAGCAGCGCAGUCCACCCUGCCGGCCAUUGUCUGCACCGAUCUUGUGUUCUCGCACUUCAUUUGCCCGGCAAUUAUCCAGCCCGAACCUUAUGCACUUACCUCGGAUAUUCCCGUGAGCAGUGUUGCUCGGUACAAUCUGAUGCAGAUUGCGCAAGUGCUGCAGACAUUGGCAGUUUCCAAAUGGGAGACUAUUGAUUCAAAACAUCUGGAUGUUUACGGUGCUUUUGAGCCGGAUUGUGUGUGGAAAGUGCUUGAUCGGGUUGUGGAGAUGCGAACAUCGGACAUCCUCAUGUCACCUUUGCCUUCAUCUGACAGUGUUAACCGUUCAUCGGUUUUUAUUUCCCUUACGGAGUUAAAUUUUCUCAUCGGUUUUCUAAAGGAGUCUAGCGCUGAUCGACCCGGGUCUCGAGUGGCAUCUGAUAUCAUUCGAAAUUUGGUUAAUUCAUUGCCGGUUAUCGAAGCCCCACCAAAGGAAGAAACAUUUGGUGCUGCGCCAACUCCGCCUCUGGAAAUGAAAUCGAAAAUCCAUAAGAGUAACAGUAAACAUGAGGCGCUGCGAUCCAGCACGAUUGAAGAAAAGGAGAAGGAUUUGCUUGAGAAGUAUAUGAUGGCUAGCGAAGUCAUGGUGGUCUCGUUGGGACCGCGCGAGUGUAGUGAGUUGGGAUUUAUACCGGAGCAGAAAGUAUUGGCUUUGAAUAAAGGAACACCAAAGAAGCGAACACGAUUUUCUGAAGAACAGGAUUCAUUCGGAGAAUAUGUAGGAAGCGUCGAUGACGAAGCUAUGAGUGCCUUUAGCGUUUGUAGUAGUAUUCCGGACUCUGUAUCCCUUACCGGACCAGGAAAAAGGAACAGCAUCCCUGGUCGUUUCGAUGAUACCUCCAGUGUGCCGAGUGAAGGAUUAAUAGCCGUAUGCGAAGAAAUUCAGGGACGCCAUUCGAUUGCGUCUUCGGUGGAGGACGAGGCCACGGCUGAUGAUAACCUGAGUGAUGCCGUAUCUCCAAAUAUUAGUGGACAUGCCAGUCCAACGGUUAGUGGACGGGACACCCCGUCACCGCAAAAUGAACAAGUGGAUUUGAAUAACCUCCCGAACCUACCUGCCGCUGUGGUCAGGCCAUUGCAGCCGUCCGAUUUGCCGAUCACCGUGCAAAAAUCCAAUCGCGAAGAUGUCCCCGAGAAAUUCGGGAAGUUCUAUAUACCGUUGGAUGAAACACGGUCAACGAUGAGCGAUGCGUGGAGUACGGAAGUAGCUGCUUCGGAAAUCGAAGCACUGAAUGAUGUUCCGAUUAUUCCACCGCCGCUUCCGGAAGUUAACCCUGUUGACGAUCCGGUUUUUGCUGUAGCGGCUGCUGGCGGGUUUGACUCGGACGAUGAUCGGUGGAGCGUGGAUGUCGCCGCUUCCGUAUCGAAUGCUAGCCAGGAACCGCUGGAAGAGCGCAUGCGUGAACUGGAAAUUGACCCUCAGAUGGAUCGUGACCUUGCGCUUACAAGAGAUCAGGAGCUUCGGGAGAACGCAAUACUGGAUGUUGUUGUGCCAGUUGGACCAGUUUUGCCUAACGCUCCUGGAAAGUACGUCAGUUUUGCCACCGAUGACCAGUUCCAUCACUAUCCGCCCGAGCAUGAUUUACUUGGACCCUUCGGUUCUCCCGUAAAUAGACCUUUCCACAAUUCCACGGAGGAGACAAAAGAGGAAGAUCCCACUGCUAAUCUGCCACUGAAUGUGUUUUUACCGAUACCGAAUGACGUAGACACGGCAUUUCCAACGUCCGUGCCGAGCAGUUGUUCCUCUUUCAGCAACCUGAGCGGCUUUUCCAAUUACGGAUCGGAUCAGAGUAUGACAAAAAUGGCUGGUGUUGAAAACGGCUCUCAACCGUCUGUGCUGAAUGCAUUUGAUCCUUACGCCCCGGUGACAUUUAACCCAAAUCCAUCGCCCACAUUCGCGUAUCCACCAGCUGACAAGCCAACAAUUCCACGCAAAGGUAGCUUAACUAUCUCUCGGGAAACCGUCACCAUAAAAGAACUUCCAAAUCGGCAGUCGAGCUUGAAAGACUCUCCGAUAAUAAAUAACCGACCGGAUAAAUUCAGCCCAUCCUUGUCCCAUUCACCAGGAAAGAAGGGCAGUUUUCUCAAGAGCAUCGCUACCAGCUUCCGUGGUAAACAAAAACGUAUGUCAGGAAAGGUUGACCUGCCGCAUGCGGCUAGCCUGGGCGACUUCAACACACCACCCAAAGCAGCAUUAUCACCAGCUGUAGUAAAUGAAUCACCGGAUGAUAUUUUGGCGAAAUAUCGUAAAAAAGCUGCGGCCUCUGCCGGCGCCACGCCGUCGACGCCACCCGUGGCAGUGCCGAAUGGAACGCCCUUGCUUGCCCCUCCGUCUGCUUCUUUACCGGUGGUUAACAGUGCUGAAAAUUUGUCGGCAGCCGAUUUCGCUGGCAUCGGGGAAGAUGCUAUGCUGGAGACCGCCAAACGGAAAGUGCGCAUUGUUCUGAAUUCGUUUGAUGUAGGAUCGGUGCCGUGCUUGAAGAUGCGGUUCACCACGAAAAACUCAGCCAGUUCUGAACCGCCUUUGUUAUCGUUUUUGAAGAUUCAGUUAUCAGAAGCCAUUGGUCUGCAAGAUCGUUCUCUAAUUGCCCAACUUCACGAAGCUAUUCGCUGUGUAAAAGCGUUAGAUAGCAAAGGAACUCGGAAGUUGAUUGAAUUAGUCAAAGCCGACUACCGCAACCGAGAAAUCUAUACAGCGUAUUUGAUUCGCAGCAGAAAGAGUCUUCUGAAUAGUUUACAACAUAUUGAUAACCUGUCUUGGAGAACUAGAAGGGACAGUGAUGUAUGUUGCAAAUAUUUUCUUUCGGUUUGUAUAAGCCAGUUUCUGGAAAAACGUGAACGCGAUAUCUUGAAUUUUGUACGGGAAUUUCAAAAGGCCACCGUAUAUGAUGAAAAAACUGCUCUUAUGGAGUCCUUCCUAAUGCAUCUUCACAGUCAAAUGGACAGGGAGUCGCUCUGGCGAGCUUGCUCGGAACACCAGACUACCGAUGCUCAAGAAACGCUAGAAAGACAGAUUAUUAGCCGUGUAUACCAGAGUGCCUUUUAUCCCAACGACGAAGUUGACCGUGCACGAGAUGAAGUGCUGGAAGAGCAUAUCCGCAAAUUGGCCACCAUAUUAACUCCUGAUCACAAGGAUCUGAAAAUUUCUAAGGUUUUCCAUCUGGAAUGCCCUUGGCCUUCUGCGCAAGCCGAAAUUGCCGAGAUCAAUGCGUACAAAACUCCGAAGGAUAAAGUCCAGUGCGUUCUUCGGUGCUCAACAAUUCUGAUGAAUUUGUUGAGUCUGGCUUCGGACAGUUCAGUUCCCGCUGCCGAUGAUUUCAUGCCGGCGUUGGUGUACGUUUUAAUUCGCGCCAAUCCGCCAAGCCUUCUCUCCACCGUCCAAUAUGUAAACAAUUUCUAUGGAAAUCGGCUAGCCGGAGAAGAGUCCUACUGGUGGACACAGUUUGCUUCGGCUAUCGAAUAUACGAAAAAUAUGGACUACGAAAGUGCCGAUGUCCCGGCACGGAAGCGUCAUGAUUUUCUCUAAAGCCCGAAACAUGGUUUGGUGAUGGUGGUUUCUAUCUUUAAGGUUUUUGUGUUGAUAGUUUGCCGUUGUUCAAAAAUUCACUGUAAUCAAGGUUUUUUCUGUUAUUAAAACAAGCGAUUUUAUCCCUGCA